CCACUCACUCUCUCAGGGUCAUACAAGCAGGAGUUUAAGGGACCACUUCUGGACGCCAACUCAGCCGGGACGACUGCAGCCAGCAGAAGGACACACAGCGGGCAGAGGCAGCAGACCCAUCCGAAAAAGAUUAAUCUAUACCACCUCUGGGCUACGUCUCUCAUCUUUAAAGCAGCGCUGCCUGUGUGAUAGCAGUGUGUGUGUGUGUGUGUGUUUGUGUGCAUGUUUUACGCGUGUUCCCGUUCCGUCUCCCCCAAACUAGUGCAUUAGUAUGCAGGGUGCUUGUGUGUCAAUCUUGUGCGUGUGCAUGUGUGUGUCUGUGCUCCUCCGCUGUGCUAUUUCACAGCCACCUACAGAAAGUGACACCUACACAGAAUGCACAGAUGGGUAUCACUGGGACCAUCAGACUGAGCACUGCAAAGACAUAAACGAGUGUGACACCAUCCCAGAUGCCUGCAAAGGGGAAAUGAAGUGCUUCAACCACUACGGAGGUUACCUGUGCCUUCCCCGCUCUGCAUCAGUCAUCCCGGCCCCGGAGCCCGCCAUCACGCCAACCGAGAGCAACCCCUGCCCUCUGGGUUACGAGGCGCAGGGAGACAGCUGUGUGGAUAUCAAUGAGUGUGAGCGAGACGAACAUGACUGCCAGCCCAGCCAGCAGUGCAUCAACACACUGGGUGCCUUCACUUGUCAGUGCCCAGAUGGUUACCGCAAGGUUGGCACAGAGUGCAUUGACAUCGAUGAGUGCAGGUACAGGUACUGCCAACAUCGCUGUGUUAAUGUCCCCGGCUCCUUCUCCUGUCAGUGUGAACCUGGUUUCCAGCUGGCAGGAAACAACCGAUCCUGCAUCGAUGUGAAUGAAUGUGAGAUGGGUGCCCCCUGCUCUCAGAGGUGUUACAACACGUACGGCACCUUCCUUUGUCGCUGUGACCAGGGCUAUGAGCUGGGCCCUGAUGGCUUGACUUGUAACGACAUCGAUGAGUGCAGCUACUCCAGCUUCCUGUGCCAGUACCAGUGUGUCAACGAACCAGGGAAGUUCUCCUGUGUGUGUCCUGAAGGAUACCAGCUGCAAGGCACCAGACUCUGCCAGGAUAUAAAUGAAUGUGAAACAGGGGAGCAUCAGUGUACCGACACGCAGACCUGCGUGAACAUCCACGGACGGUACCAGUGUGUGGACACAAACCGGUGCCAAGAGCCUUAUGUGCAGGUGUCUGAGAACCGCUGUGUGUGUCCUGUCAGCAAGCCCGUCUGUCGAGAUCUGCCUUUCUCCAUCGUCCACCGCUACAUGAGCAUCACCUCGGAUCGCUCCGUCCCCUCCGACAUCUUCCAGAUUCAGGCCACCAGCGUCUCCCCGGGGGCUUACAACACCUUCCGCAUCCGCUCCGGAGACGAAAACGGAGACUUCUACAUCAGGCAAAUCAAUAAUAUCAGCGCCAUGCUGGUGCUGGCCCGCGCUGUGUCGGGCCCCAGAGAGUACACGUUGGACCUGGAGAUGGUGUCAGUUAACCCUCUCCUCAGCUACCAGGGCAACUACCAGACCAGCUCCGCCCUCAGACUCUCCAUCUACGUCGGCCCGUACAGCUUUUAAAGAAGAAGAAGAAGAAGAAGAAGAAGAAGAAGAAGAAGAAGAAGAAGAAGAAGAAGAAGAAGAAGAAGAAGAAGAGUGGAGGGACACAGAGAAAGAUGGAGAAAGAGAGCUGGGGAGAAACACAGAUGCAAAAAAAGGAAAAUGAAGCUGUAAAACAAAAGUGGUCGAUGCAGAUCAACCAGUCACUGUGAUGUUACACUCUUUAGCUUUUUGUACUUCCAAAGAAAGCCACACAUUUCUGUCAGCCAUAUACAUUCAGUACAGUAUACAAAUACAUUGUAGCAGUAAUGUCUCACAGAUAAAACAGCCUUAAAAUAAUUAGCCCAGUCAAAUUUGUUCCCUUGUUUCUUUGGAUAUCUUGUUAACUGUCAUUUUUGUUAUUCAACACGUAUCUCUAUUCUGUGGUCAACGUGUAUAAAAAGGGAUUUUCUUUUCUUCACAUCUGUUCAGGGUGUUAACAAAUCUGUGUGACAUAUUUUCCGUCUGCCUUCAGGUGGAGUGAUUCACGCCCAGCGUCACAGAUUAAUCUGUUUUCACCAGUUUACAUCCUUAUCUGCGGUUCAGCUCCGUUUGUCACUUUAUUCUUGUCAGCCCUGUUUCCUGUUGACAGACGUGAUUCAGUAACCACUCAGAUCAGACCUCAGCAAUCCACACUCCUCCUUCACCCUGCACUGUCCAUUCCCAUGUUCAAGCUCUCCAUCACUGCUUUUUGUCACAAUGCUGAUCGUGUUUUUUUUUUGUCUAAGAUUUAAACCCAAAUAAAACAAUAUACCUUUU